AGAGGAGUCUCUUGUCUGUCUGUGUCCAUGUCUCCGCUUUGUUCUGACAAAGACCCCCAGCGUCCCGCCUGCUGCUGUUCUCCCACCUCUGGAUUUAAGUCGGCCGGAAUACCUCCGGGACCAUCCGCUCAUCAUUCCGCGCUGCCACGUUCGGAUGGGAGGCAAAGUUGGACCUCUGUGGACUGCACAAUGGGUGACAAACACUUUGGCUUUUCUUGUGCUUUUCAGAGUUUCCUAGCAUCCAGGAUGACCUCACUUUUCUUCAGUCGAAGAGUUUUUAUAUGUAACACAAAUUGAGCGCCUUCUCUUUUGCUUUUGUCUGUUUAAAUGUAGGUUAGCUAUUUGGGAAUAUAACAUUUUGAACUUGGCUUGUGAGGCACCUCUUGAUGUGAAAGAUGAGUGGGGAAGAAGGUUAGAAACAUGUCUCUGUCUCCCCCGCCCCCUUUCAGAAGUCAGUUCUAACCUUGUUCUAAAAAUGUGACUGUAGCACAUUUUUGUGCUCUUCGAUACAUUUAUACUUUUAUUAUUUUUGUCCUUGACUGGACUCUUUACGGUGGACUACAUCUGAUUUUACAGAUCUUCCCUCUCCAAGGGAACUGUCAAGUUAAACUCUUUGCUGUUAACCCACUUAGUUGCCCAAUCUUCCCUUUGGGGGUUUCCUUCAAACAUCUGUCCUACUCUAGUUUUUCUUGAGGAAAGCAAAAAGACAAAUCAGCAAAGGGAGCACAGGGAAAGAAGACACCCCCCUCCCAAAGGUGUGAGGGGGGCAGAAGAUGGCAGCUCUCGCCAGCUCUCUCAUCAGACAGAAACGGGCAGUAAAGGACGACCAAGCCAACCGACCGGUCGCCAACAAGCGCAAGCCCUGUCCCAAGAGCAACAAGUCCUUGUGCCAGAAGCAGAUUCUGGUGUUGAUAUCCAAGGUUCGACUAUGCGGGGGUCGGAAAGCUCGAAACGAAAAAAGACCAGAGCCGCAACUAAAAGGCAUUGUUACUCGCCUGUUCAGCCAGCAUGGUUUCUACCUGCAGAUGCAGCCUGACGGCACGUUGGGCAGCACGAAGGACGAAAGCAGCGCAUUUUCACAGUUCAACUUAAUCCCGGUGGGACUGCGGAUUGUGGCAAUUCAGGGGACAAAAACAGGGUUGUACCUCGCCAUGAACAGCGAAGGAUACCUCUAUACCUCGGAACACUUCACUCCCGAGUGUAAGUUCAAGGAGAGCGUGUUUGAGAACUACUACGUUACAUACUCGUCCAUGCUCUACCGCCAGACCCAGUCCGGACGUUCCUGGUAUAUCGGCAUUAAUAAGGAUGGUCACAUCAUGAAGGGCAAUCGGGUGAAGAAGACCAAGGCGGCCGCACAUUUCUUACCAAAAGUCAUAGAAGUCGCAAUGUACAAGGAGCCGUCGUUGCAUGAGCUUGCCGGCGAACCGGUGAGUCCUCCUCGGAAGGCAGCGAAGACGUCAGACUCGCCGAAGCUCAAGAAUGGACGGAAAGAGUCUCCCCAGGCUGACGCCUCAUAGCACAGGAGAUCGAGGGUGGGACUAAAGGGCAGAAGUGACACUGGGAACUCGGUUGCCUAUAAUGCACUGAGCGUGGCUGACGAAACAGCACCUGCCGGCCACCAUGACCCAGAAUUGCGCUUCCAGAUGCUGAGAGUUAAAGAGCCAGGAGAAGGCCUGAGAGAGAGGAGUCCCCGCCCUCACCUGAAGCCACAGAAAGAAAGCCCCGGGUUUGUAACAGCCCAUCCAACUUCCUCAUAUAUGUCCCUCUCUCUCUCGUUCACUAUGUCUCCUGUGACGUCAUAAUUCACACGUCCCUUUAUUUUCCUGCCGGACUCAAGCUUUUUUUUCUAUUCGCUCUGUUGUACUCAAUGUUCAACCAUAACAUAUUUCCCUCCUGACUCAGCGUCAUAAUCCAAACCCAUGGGGAGCUCCCUUUGAGCCUCAAAGUUGGUGACAGCGUGGUUCUGCCUCACCCAAGCUCUCCACCCACCAUCUGCCCACCAGCUAAAGUAAUAACCAGGGUCCUCUAAAGCUUAACUCGAGAUGAAACGGAUCAGAGGGGAAAGCAAUCAGCAGGGAGCCUGAGUCAGGUCAUACCAGCACACCAACAUGAGCAAAGCAAGUUCAUCACAUCAGAAACUAAAACCUGUUGUCAAAGGUUUUUUUUUUUGUUUGUUUUUUUUACUUGUUGUUCCUGUUUACCUUCUAAAAGUUCAAACUGAUGAUGACUUCAGCCUGUCAAAUGUAAGAACGAUGAUAAAAUUGUUGAGUACUCGAGUUAAAACAAAAAAGGUUCUAUAACAAUCCCAGUCAGACAGAACAAAAAAAAAAAAUACAAUACAAACAAAAUAAAGAAAAAAAACUAAAAACAUGACAAAACUCUUUACAAUUUGAUUAAUAUUUCUCAAGGAAAUUGUAAAAAAAAAUAAAAUUCCAUUCAGAGAAAUAAUAAAAGAGGAAAACUCCGUCCUUCCUGUGAUCGCUACCACACCAUCGCUAAUUACUGCGCGCGCUCAUCAAAGACAACAAACGAGGAACCGGGACGCAAAGUUAAACCCGGGGCUGAUCUGAGUUCAGACGCAUGGAAAAAGGUGCAGUAAUGUAUACUGCAGUCAGCAUCUGCUGUCAGCAUAAAACCAGGUUUGAGGCCCAACAUCAAAGCCACACAGCCUAUGAGCCGGAGCACUUGUUAUUCCGAGGACGUCUGGCAGCUUAUCAACUCACUCACUUUAUCAAAUCACCUUGGAAGAAUUGCCCUCCAAAAAAAAAAGGAAAGGGAAAAAAAUGGAGUUGUUUGAGUGAAUGUCCUGGUGUGACAGUGUUUUAACCCCAGUGAGUGGAUGUGUGCAGAUGGACAGUAAGAGUGAAUGAGAGCCUGUGCAGGGGGAUAGAUGGACGAAAUGUGGGUCCUCUGUGUCCUUCACUCUAAGCUCAGCGCCGUGUCUUCGAUACGUCGGCUCCUGUGAGUAAGUGAUACUUCAUCUGUCUUGUGAACCAUUGGCAGUGACUCUUGUCCGACGCACAAUUUAAAAUAGCAUUGUUUCAGGGCCGCCUCAGUGCAUCAGACUGAGAAUGUAUUUCGUUCUAUUAAGUAACUUUUCUAUUUUUUUUGGGUGCAUGUGAGGGUGGGGGGCUAAAAUAGGAGCUUUAAGCUAUAAAAGCAGAGUCAUCAGCGUAUGUGUGUAUCGGCACAAUAUUCACGCAAAACCUUGUUUUCCCAGGAAAACAGUGAGUGGAAAGUACCGAGAACAAACAAGGAAAGAUGCUAAUUAUGCGUCCAAGGUGGAAAAUUAAUGUGAGGAAGGGUUACAGAAUGUGACAUAGAAGACUUAUGAAUGUGCACUACAGAGGGUGAAAGCAAGUCUGGAAUUAAAGAGUGAAAAUGCAAAAGAUGUAUUGGCGGUUAGUUGGGAAGUGCGAAGGAUUAGCAGGUGUAUUCUUGGGGAAUGUCGAUAAGGAAGUUAUGCUGCAGAGGAAGCAGGAGAGGUUCGACUUGCAGCAUGUAGAUAUGACAAUGAACGUGAGACAAAGAGACAUUGCAUUCAGUUUAUGACAAGGAGCGUAGUUGGAGAGAAUUAGUUGAAGGGCUUCACUCAAGCCUCCCCCUUUGCUAAGUCUUUUGGGAGUGUUUGCAAGAAAACAGUCCCUCGCUUAGCAUUGGGAUAUUUUAUCCAUGUGGCAAAUACAGCGGCACAGACCUUCAAAUCUCUAUUUUUGAACACAACUCCCUCUCUCUGGGGAAUUUAGCAUACUCAAACUGAGUUCUAGCUGCGCAUCACCAACCACUGUAUAAUAUCAAAGUGUUUGCACAGCGGUUAGCUCACGGUUGUAUAUUUCUAAGAUGCCCAUAAGCUGAAGAUAUGAAAGUAUUUGGAGGCACAAAGCAGUGACAUCAAAAGAUUCUUUUAGAGCCAAAAUUUUACUCUUCGUGCAUACAGAAUCACUACAAUGAUAAAUAUGAUAAUUACAUGCAAAGAGUAGGGGGUUGUUUACAAUUUGCUUUGCUUGAUAAGGUCCAGCUAAUUCUUUUCUGUCCUUUUUAAAUUAACUCUUUGAGUUAUUAUGGAUCUCAGAGUCGGAGGAUUAAAUUAAUUUUAUUUAAGCUAAGUUAUAUGUUUUCCUCCAUAUAACUUUAUAUAACUUUCAGACUCACAGCAAAGAUAUGGAAGUGCAUGGGUGAUGGCCAUUUCACUCCUUUGCCACUUUUGCAGUUUACUAAGUUUUUUUUGUGUGUACUCCCAGUUACCUGUAAAGAAAUAUGGUCAUAGGACUCCAACAAUCUACCACAGGGAGUUCACUUUGAUUCAGUUACAUUUGAUUAAGGGGCAUAAUAUCUCAAGUCAACUGAUCAAAACAGAAAUUAGAGUCUGUUUUAAUAUCCAGUAAUUUAAUGUCUUUAGCUUGAAAGUUGAGCAUUUUAUAGGUUUUUCUCCUGGUAGGAAGUAGAAAAGGUGGCGGUAGGAAAUGAGCCUUAAAAUUGUCAAAAGAGUGAAUUGACUUGAGCUAAUUAAAAAAAAUAUUUUAAAAAAUUACCAAAUAUGGUUGUAAUUUCUCUUUAGAAAGGAGCAAUUGCCAAUUGGGGUACUGAAAAAAUCUUUUUUCAGGUGCCUGAUAAAACUCAGAAUCGCGAGAUUAAACUCAAUAUAUGUUCCUUUUUCAUAGUUCUACUCGUCUUCCGUAGAUAUACAUACUGUCUUCUAACAAUUUUAAUGACUCCACAGACUACACCAUUAUAAAACUCCUAUUUUAAAUGUGCUGCCCAACACAACAGAACUUGCAUGAUCUAGAAAAAAUUAUGGGUUCGGAUAUUUGUAACACCUUUGAUUUGUCACACUGAGGACAAAAGACACGAAAGCUUCGAUGUUGAUGGUCUGAAUUCGCAAAGUUUCUUCUUCUUUUAUUGAAUUGGCACAUUAUCGCCACCUGUUGGGAAGAAAUGAAAGUGAAGUUAGUCGAAUGGUGCCGCUGACCAUAAAAACAAGGCAAACAGGUAUGUGAACACGCCGUUACGACGGUGAUGGCUUGGACGUGCAAUUGCUUGGAAGCAUGCCAAACCCUAAAGAACAGCGAGUCCUUAACUGUGCAAUAGUGAAGAAUGCCGCAGUAAGUUGUUUGUUGGUGAUUUUGUAAGUAGACAGACGGCAACAAAGAAUGUCAGGAUGAUGAAAAGAAACAAAAUAAGAAAGAGAGAGAGUUUAGAAGGGAAAAGGUUGGAAGUUUUUAGAUGGGAUGGUGUUGUAGGUGAGAAGAAAAAAACAGUUAGAGUAUUAAGAUGAUAAUUUUGGUUUGACGACGAUCUGACAGCGAAAAUACAUGAACUGGACAAAAACAAACAGUGAGGUGUUAACAAGGAAAACAAAAACACUUUAGUUCGUAUGCCCACACAUGAGCUUUUCAUCUCCUGAACAGCAGCAUCUACACCCCAUUAACUCUCUCCUCAACAUUAUGUUGCCUGUGUAGGCGUAUACUUACAGCUUCUUUAUAAAGCUCUGUGUGGUUGCGUGCGUCAAUGAGUAAUGGGAGGACGAGACAAAAAGAAAGGGGGCAUAAGAGUGAGACAGGCAUCAACAGACUGAAUAAAGCAAGAAAUGAAUAAACUCCAACUCAAAAAGCAGCAAAACAUUUAAUAAAAGUGAGUUUCUUUAUCUAUUGCAGAUAUUUUUUUUUAAAAAAGAUUUCAAAAUAGGAGCAAAUUGAACCUUAGAAGAAAUUGGAAUUAUUUAAAAUGUCUGAGGUUUACCUCAUCAUGUUGACAGGCUUCUUAAAGCAUUUUGACUUCAUCACCAUACAACGGGACUAACAGGGACUAAUGAACACUACACGGCGUCGAUUCAGCAGAGGUGUACGAGAACCCAAAGCUAUAUUGCACUGAACAACAAACAUCCAGGGAACCUUUUUAAAAGACAGUCAGGUUUUUUGAUUUGAAGUCCAUCGUAAACAAUCAACCCAAUGUUCCGAUCACACAACAACGUUGCGUCUGAAUACCGCGGUGCUUUUGGUGCACCUACUGAAACCGGUGUGAGCUAUGCAUGUUUUUUGAUUUCAAGCACUGAAAAAAGACUGUUAAUGUUCUCAAGGAUCUUUUGGGUGAGUUGUUCAAAGCUCAUGAGAAACCAUUAUACCCGGCUGUACAGCAGGCACUUGUGAUUAAAAAGCAGCUCAUCUCUGUGGGCACAUGGUCCAAUAGUCACUUUCAUUAGACUUUUGCAAGAACUUCUGUCACAAGCAGUUCAGUUACCGUGUAAAAGUAUGUGCGACUAUAGCUCCCUCUAAUGGCCUAGAUAUGAAAGGACGGGUUCAUGUCUUUUGCUGCAUUGAGAAAUGUGUGUCAUCGGAAUUACACACAAUCAGAGCAAAUUUGACAGCGUAACAUCAUGGCAUUUAUAUUCAAAAAGUCCUGUUGAAUUUAAAUCUGUCCUAUAAAGCCACUUGAUUUUGCCCUAAAAUGUCACUAGUGCUACAAACAGCAGUUAUUUACUGAAAUUUAGGAGAAAACUUUAUGAAAGAAAGAAAUGAAAGAUAAUGUGGAGAAAUGCCCAGCAAAAUGACAGCAUUGUGAGGUCACCAAAAUAUUUAGAGGGCAUAUUAAACCAAUUAAAUGACCUGAAUGUCAAAGAAAUAAUCAGUCCUGACACAUUGUCACGGGUGGCAUAAUUGGGAAUUUUAAAUAUUCAAAGUUGUAAAUGAGACUUUGCUGCAGCUUUGCUUCUGCUUAUUCUUGGAAGUGUACUUAGGAAUUUUCAAAAUGUGUGGAAUCUCAGUUUGAGAUAAUAAAAAAAAGUGUGCUUCAGGGCAACAACAUCUGUCCUAAUGUGUAAAAUGAAUGGACUGCUGCUUGUUCUGCCAAUAAUACAGUGUUUGUAUAUCUGGUGUACUUUUUCUCUGUCUUUUUUUUUUUACUAUUAUUCUCUGAAAUGAGCUUAUCCGUGUUGUCCUUUCUGUUAAAAGGCUUUUUUGUUUGUUUGUUUUUUUUUGCCUCUGGUAAUGCAAAUCUCUCAGCGGAAGGCAGAAAAGCUGCCCCUGUUCGGUGCUUCUUUAUCGUUUAUAAGCGUGUUUAAUCUGUUCGGUCAGCACUGUUGUAUCCAAAAUUGUAUGAAAUCCUGAGCGAAAACAAAUCCAAAGCGAAUUCUGCCGCGUGGGUAAACUGUGUGUUAAAUGAGUGAUGCAUUGUUGGGGGGCCAAUGCUUUGCCUCACUGUGGGUGUUUGCCCUAAUGGCCCCUUUCCCUCACCGCCUCCUGCCCCCCUUUGCUCUUACAGACGUUUGACUUCUCUCUCACUCUCUCAGACCAAUCGUGUUGUCUUCCAAAAGCACUAACUCCUACUUUUUUAUUCAACAAACCAACAAAGAAAGCCAUGACAUUUCUUUUUGUUCCUUUUUAAAAGGCCUUGGCUGAGGUUAGAGAGGAGGAUAGACUUCGAAGACGCUUCAUGAGUGUAACCAGGGAUUAAGCCACAUGUUGGACUGCUCUCGCCAAGAGCCCAAAGACACGCCAACGAUUCUCAUGUACCGGCUUUCUUGAACACUCUUCAGUGAAAGAGAAGCAAAAACCGAAGACCAGCAAUAUGCAACAAGAACUACCAGCCUGCACUCAAGGAGAUCAAGCAAACCCAUAAGGCUAUCUAACAAUUUUCCAGACUCUUUUUUUUUUUUUUUUAAAGCAUGCAUACUUUGGCUCUUUAAGGAUGACUCCCUCUCAGUAUCUACAGAGACAAGCCCUCGAUUCGCCCUCUCUCCACUUUGACCUGUGUACAUUUCUACAACCUCUACAUGAAUUAAAGGGAAAUGUCUUAUUCUGAUAUAUUAAUCAAUAAAUUAACAUAUAUUUGUAUGAUUGUAACUCUUUGUGCUCAUUUUUUUUAUCUUAUUUUUGGGGGCUUUCCUAACAUUGCUUUAGUUUUGCCUGCAGCUGAAGAAAUAAAAAAGAUAAU